GAAUCGUGACCAGAAAUUCGUGGCUUUGAUUUCAUUUUAAUGACUUGACACGAGAAAAUGUCGUCAGGGAAAUUCUAUGGAAACUUGAAGCUCACGAAUGUCAAAUUAAAGUGAAGUUAUUCUAUAAAUAAUCAACUGCCAGUGUGGGAAAUUCACAGAAAUAUUUUAAUUGUUUCAACUUUCAUGUAUUGUUUACUCCUUACUUGGGUUCAUAGACGCCGGAAGUCUUCUGUUUUGAGCUUUAGUAAAGGAAGGUAGAGCUGAGACAUUUCUCUGGAGGGUUUAGAAGCCUUUGGUCCAACCUUGUUUCUCGUCAUCACAGAAGAACAGCUGUAAACUAAUGGAAGAGUUUGGCUUCCUGUACUACAUACUGGUGGUGCCACUGUCACUGCCAGUGAUUCUUCUGCUCCUAUACACCAGGUGGCUUGGCUGGGAACUUUACACCAAUAACUGAUAUUUUGUAAGAUGUGGAGAACCUGGAAGAUAAAGAUAUAUCAGAGGGCUACUUAAUGAAACACUUCUUGCCUCUCAGAUCCUCCCUUGUGUAUAUGAAUGUUAAUAAGUGUUAUUAUUGUUCACUAUUCUUGGCAUGAGUUUCUCCCUUGUGCUGCACCAGCUGUGAGGCCAAUGGGAGAAUCCUAGUCAGCAUGGCAGAGCGUCUGACGGUGACCUCAGCUGUUGAAAAUGUUGCUAUACCAGUAGAACAGACUUUACCAGUAUCUUUAGACCGUUUGUCUCUGCCCAGAGUCAAGGCUCCUAAGAGCACUGUCAGAAAGUCCAUACAGAUUCCUCUGGCAGAAUCAUCAUUAGAAGAAGACUUAGAAAGUGUCCAGACCCCUCUUCCUUCUCUGAUGUCUUCUGGACUGUGUCAUGUGUCAGCCAUGCCCUCUCAAAUGGGGGGGCAUGGCUGUGAGUCAGAGAAGAUGAAAUGUGCCACUCCGGAGGGCCAUUUUAAGGUGCCAGAGAGGCAGAUGGACAAAAGUGAUGGUCUUGGGAGAGGUCUAAGCAGUGCUGAUGGAGGCUGCGAGGAUGAGCCUGGGGGAGUGUUGACGGCAUUAGGAGGUGGAGGAUCAGUAGAUUCCAGCACAAUAGUCAUUGGUGAGGGCAUGACAGGCUGCGUUGUAGUGGACCUGCAGGGAAACAUGGUUGUCCAGGAGCACAGUGCAGACCAGACCUCUGCUGGACCUUACCUGGUGGAAGAACAACUCCUGGUCCAAGUCACCCAAGAGGCCCAACACCAACAGGCAGAACUAGCAAACAACACUAGAGUAUAUACAGGAGGACCCCAGUACAUAAGGGGGAAUGCAGUUGAUCCAAUUUUUAGUGACCUUCAAAGAAAAGGAAUGAACAAGAAACAGGUAAUGGAUAAGAAGGAAGAGUUUGCAGCCAAGACUAACUGUAAAGCAUUACAGAGCCAGCCGAACUUUGAAUCGCGAUGGAAUUUCCGAGAGGUGCUGGUGAAGCCAGAGUGCCCCUUGAUAUCUCUGGGCGAAAUACCUGAGGAGGAAUUUCUAGGAGAAGACGACAGUGAGAAUGAAGAACAAGGAAGACCAAGGAGGAAGUCAGCAAAGAAGGCAAGACUAAGAUGGAAAAACAUUCAUGAAGUAGAUGACAUUGGAAAAUUAAAAACCAAGAAACCAAAAAGAUUGCAGAUACAGCCAAGAGAGAAAGGAAACUGCAUGUUAGAAAAAGUCAUGCCCUCAAUACCCAGAGAACCGGGGCCCAGUACACUUCCCUUGUGGGCGCAGCGACUAACCUCCGUGCGCCUGGUGGAUGACAUGUGGGUUGUGGGUGUGGCCUCCAGCAGCUCUGUCCUGCAUCAGACUCUCGAAGGUCACUCGCGCAGUGUUCUGUGUGACUACAUCAAAAGUCAUCCAAGCAGCUUGGAACAGCGACAUCGCACGCGAGCACAGGUGAGCCGCAUAAUGUGGCAUCACCAGAGAAUUAUGUUCGAUGGCGUUCCUUUCACCAUUGUAUCCUCAGAUGAUCUGAAGUGUGCUUUUGGCAUGAACUAUAAGAUUAAGAGAAAAGGCACGGAUUCCACAGCUGAAGGGAAAUUAGCGACCAAUAAAGGGGAGGAGGAGUUUGUUGAGGAAGAACCUUUAGGAAGCUGUACAGAGUUGAAGGAGGGAGGGGGGGGAGGGCAGCCAGGGAAAGAGCGGGUCACAAAAAUUGCAGACACAAAUAACCAGCCAAAGAAGAGGUACAAGGAUGUGACGUAUACCUCUUGCACUGCCAGGAUUACUGUCAAAGUCAUUGUCAAGUAUCCUGGUUAUGCAGUAUCCCCAAGUGCGACUGCCAAGGAGCGAAAGGUGAUGCUCAAGACCCUGCGGAGAGACAUAGAGCAGGGUCUAGCGCUAGAGAAGGAGGAGCUGUACCACGUAACAAUGCCCCUCAGUUCCGUCCACAAUCACCCACUACAGGGCAAGUCCCGGGGUGUCCACCCCUCCAUCACCAACAAGAUUAAGGAGCUCGUCUCAAAGGGAAUCACAGCCCCCAAGGUUAUAAAGGGUCUUCUAGAUGAUCAUGUGAAGAAGCAACACUUUGAGGACAUGGUUGUUCCCCAUGAUGAUGAUAGGGCAUAUUACCCUCGGCUCAAGGACAUUGCAAAUCUCGUUUAUACUCAGUGCAAGAAGAUGGGCAUUUCAGCAAAGAGGAAGGCAGUGCAAGAGCAGCCAGCUCUGGACACAACUCAGAAGAAGAAAAAGAAACAUAAGAAAACUCGAGUUGAAGAUGAAAAUGAAGCAGAGGGAUCAGACAAUGUGAUUGGAGACAGCAUGCCCUUGCAGGCCUCGACUCUCCAGGAAGCUGUUCAAACAUUUUGUACAGAUGAUCCUGACAGAGGGAGUAGCAUGGGAGGAGUGAGUGAACGAGAGUGUUUGCCGCCUGAAAAUCUGACAAGAGACAACUCAGGAGAAGUGACCAGCUUGGCUGAAGGUUGUGCGUGGGCAGCUUGACACCCUUCGCAAUCUGACAUACUCUAUAACAGAGGCUGGUCCUUUGCAGGAAAUCUGUCAGUCCCUCCAAAUGGUCCUCAAUCAGUACAUGGGGAACAGCCA